AUGCUCAGAUACGGAGGAACGUUGGAAAAAACUUUCUGUACCAAAAAUGCUGGGAAAAAUUAUGUGCAGUCCCUGAACGUGGAAUCCCCUGGAUAUUUUUCGUUAUUAGUGGCAGUUACAGCCAUAUUUUCUAUAAUUAGUAGUAUACUUUUGGUGCCUUCUCCGGAAAGUCCAAGGUUUCUCUACUUGCAGAGGAACGACAAAGAGAAAGCAAGACAAGUCUUGAAGGAGCUGAGGGGGGAAGAAGACGUAGAGGAGGAGAUGGAAGAACUUCGUCAAGAACACCUUGCCGAAAGCAGCCAGAAGAACUUGACACUGUGGAAACUCCUUCGCUUCCGCAGCCUCCGGUGGCAUGUCUUCACCGUCGCGAUCUUGACUGCCGGAAGUCGAUUUAUGCAAACGCAUGUGAUUUUAAUUUUCGCCCAGCAAAGCUAUAAAACUGUAGGAAUGUCGGCCAAAGCGGUGGAGCGCCUUCUAUUAGCAGGAAACUUGAUCGUCCAGCUGAUGCUUCUAACAACCAUCUGCAUCGUUGACGCCUUGGGGCGGAGAUUUCUCCUUUUGAGUGGCUUCUUGAUGUGUAGCAUCUCAACUAUUGCCCUAGUCUUCACUUUUCAGAUCGACAGCCCCUCAUUGGCCCUCAUCAGCAUUGUUUUGAUUAUCAUCUUCCUUAUGGGCUUUGUAACGGGACCAGCUUCCAUUCUUUCCGUGAUUAUCGGUGAAUUGUUCCUCCAGUCAUCCCGAGCAUCUGCGUUUGUAAUUUCUGGAUUAAUCAAUUGGGGAAUCCAUUUUGUUUCAGCCUUGCUGUUUCUUCUGAUUAAGUCCUAUCUUGGAACCUACUACCUGCUCCUUUACUGGCCUUUUAUGAUCUUUGCCUUUAUUUACAUUUUCUGGGUAGUACCAGAAACCAACGGCAAGACAUUUGAGGAGAUCCAGGACAGCAUGGUGGCCUCGACUUUCAAAAAUUCUAGAAAAAUAAUGGCUGAAUAGAAACAGGAAAUCUCUUUCUUCUCAAUGUUUUCAAAAUGGAUCUGGAAUUAAAAAAAACGAAGUAAAACAGAAGCUCUCUUCAAUCUGGAAUGGAUUUAUUUCGACUAUUUUUAACUCCUUUGCAGUAGUUCAGCGAAAAAAGAUUGGGUUGUAAGUUUAGCAGGCUCUUCCAAAUAAUAUCUUAUUCCUCGGGGCAUAAAAUAUUUUUUUCUG